AUGGCAGUCGAAUACGGCAAGAAAACCAACGCUGAGUUGAUUGAGAUUCUCAAGUCUCGUGGCCUCAGUCAUACGGGAAAGAAGGCGGACAUGGUCGCGCGGCUGCAAGAGGCGGAUAAGGCAGCAGCAGCAGCUCCAGCGCCUGCGCCUGCAGCCGAAGACGUUAUUGAUUGGGACGACGAUGCGGCAGAGGCAACGCCAGCAGCUACGAAGGAGGCCCCGGCGGCCCCAGCUGCUGCGCCAGAGCAAAAGCUGGCCGCCGAGCCAUCGGCCACGCAGAAUGUGAAUGCUGCGAAGCCGGAUGACAAGGGCGAAGGUGCGACUGUGGCUGCUGAGGCUGGCGCUACAGAAUCGAAGGCCACGAAGGAACAAGUGACGAAUGGCACCGACAAGAAGGCAGCGACGGAAGAGAAAGCCGCGGAGAAGCCUGCUGUUGACUAUAGCAGAGGACUUGCAACCACGGAUCCCGACGCCGAACUUGCGAAACGUAAAGCCCGUGCCGCCAAGUUUGGAAUUGCUGAUGAACCUGCAACGACUGAGGCGCAAAAGGCGAUUGCAAGGGCCAAGAGGUUUGGCACGGCGGAUGAUGAGGCUCCUAAGGUGAAAGGGCUGGACGAAGCUUUACCUACAAGGAAGAGAGGACGGGGCGAUGACGGAGACAGCGGACGGGGAAAGCGUAGAAACUUCCCCGGUCGAGGUAGAGGGAGAGGACCACGCAGAGGCCGCAACGAAGGCAACAGAAACGGCGGCAGUAAAGACAAGGUCAGCGAGGCUGACCGUAUCGCAAUGGAGAAGAGAAAAGAGCGCUUUGCGGCCAAGUAG